AUGCCACCACCAUCUCCAUCCUCGCCAUUGGCUUCAUCCUCUACUGCUAUCAGCCAUGCAUCAUCAUCUUCGUCUUCUUCCUAUGAUACCACCACCAUUAUGCCACCACCACCUCUUCUUUCACCAAGUACACCUGAUGUAGCAUCACCAUUGAGUCCUCCAUUGGCUACACCUCCACCUUACCCAUCAUCAUCAUUAUCAUCUAUUCCUGUUGUUGCAAACAAGUACAACAACAACAGCACUGAUGAUUCUCCUUUCUAUUCGUGUAUGCCACGUCGUACAAGGAGCGCCUUGGCUGGACGAAUCACGGCUUUGCUCGUCGACGACAACCAUGUCAACCUCCAAGUACUGGCGCGUAUUCUAAAAAUACAUAUGGGCGAUACCAUUCACCAGCUGCAUUUUGCCAAGAAUGGAGUCAAGGCAUUGGAAAUGAUGCAUACCAAUGUAUACGAUCUCAUCUUGUUGGACAUUGAUAUGCCCUUGUUGAAUGGUAUGGAAACGGCCCGACAUAUCCGAGCAUCAAACGAAUACCACAUCUUGGUCCAGAACCGCAGUGUCCCUAUCGUCGCCGUCACUACCAAUGACUCGCCUGAUUGGAAACGUUCAUAUGCACAAGCUGGCAUGAAUGGAUGCAUCAGUAAACCUAUCGUUCCAUCCGUGUUAAAGAAAACAUUGCACCAGGUCCUGCAUUAUGGUUGCAGCCCAGAAUCCCUUGCUGCUACCACCACAACUACCACCUCGUAA